GGUCCGUUUCGGGUGCCCUGGCUGGCCGCGGGGUUCCGGUGCCCCGCCGAGGAGAGAAGCCCGUGCGGGCACCAGCCCGCCUACGCGGGCGGAGGGCCGUGCCUCGGCCGCCGCGAUACCGCCGCGCCAUUGGUCGACCCGUUCUACUGGCGGUCGGUCACGUGACGGAGAGUGUGUGCGCGGCCCCUCCGCUUGGACGGGAGGGAACGAGACAGCAGUAACAACAGAGACACGCCACGGAGAACAUUGGAGAGAAGGCGCGCGCGCUGCCUCUCUCUCCAACGGUGGAUUUUACGUCGCGAGAUCUCUCUCUCCCUCCCUCUCUGCUCGACGCUUCCGCCUCCGCGUCUCUCUCCGUCUCCCAACGGGGAGUAGGUUUAACCACCUCCUUCUCGCGCCUCGUCACGAGCCCACGUCACUCGGCUAGCGUGCAGCAGAGAGCGAUCGCCGUGUGGGCUUCGCUCGACUCGGGUUCCGGGCCGAUCGGGGAACACGAGUAACGCGGUACCGCGCGCGCCACGACAUCGAUCUGCCGAUCCUCUCUCUCUCUCUCUUCCUCUCCUUCUCUCUCUCUUCCUUUUCUCUAUCUGGUGAAAAAAGUGCGCGCCCUUCUUUGUGUGGAUUUCCCGCGAAUAUAUAUAUAUAUAUAUAUAUAUACGUAUUAUAUACAUAUAUAUAUAUAUAUUUUUCCUCUCUUCCCCCCGAGAUUAUAUUCCAUCGGGAUCGUAGUGAGAAGUAGAACCACCUUGCCUGUGCUCUCUCGUGUGAUUCCCAGUGAACUCGAACGAAGCGACGAUAAUACUACGAGGAGAUUCUCUUCUUCUCUCGUGCAAAGUGGUGCAGUACAUAUACGUAUAUACGUAUAUAUACGUAUGUAUAUAUACAUAGAGAAAGAAAGGGGGCAAAGAAGUGAGUAGUAUAACGUUCGAUGCGCGGCAAGCGGCAAGUUGGAUUGCCGCCGCCGGAAGAGGAAUCAGCGCAACAAGAGCGGGAGCAGCAGCGGAGGAGGCACCAGUUCGAGGCGUUGGUCCACGCGGGCAAGGAGGUUGCGAGCGUGAAGACGAGGCCGACGACACCCGUCCUGGCGAACGACGGGGGGGGUGGCUUCUGGCUGGCCACGGUGGCCGGGGGGCCGGGUGCCCCGCACGGGACCCACCACCCGGCCAUGGACCCGACGUGCGCCACCGCCGAGACCGGCUUCAUCAACAGCCAACCCUCGAUGGCCGAGUUCAUGACCGCGCUGCCCCAGCUCGCGGCUGGCGACGCCGCCGGCCUCCAGCACUCGCCCGGGGCCGGCGGCUCCAUCAGCCCCGCUUCCCACCAUCCCGGUUACCACGCCAUCAUCGACCCCCACGGCGUCGCGGACCCCUCCGUCAACGUGCCCGAAUACCCGUGGAUGAAGGAGAAGAAGACCACCAGGAAGAGCAAUCAGCAAGAAAACGGACUGCCGAGGAGAUUACGGACGGCCUACACGAACACGCAAUUGCUCGAGCUAGAAAAAGAAUUCCACUUCAACAAGUACCUGUGCAGACCCCGAAGAAUCGAGAUAGCGGCAUCCCUCGACCUCACCGAAAGGCAGGUGAAAGUGUGGUUUCAAAACCGAAGGAUGAAGCACAAGCGUCAAACGUUGAGCAAGGAGGACGGGGACGAGAAGGACGGGUCGGCGUCCGACGGGAUGGAGAAGUCGAAGGGGGAGAAAUUGUUGGCGAUCGACAGCGAGGAGAAGAAGAGUUGCCACAACUGUGAUAUCUCGAGCGUCAACGACCCGGUCGGCAGCACCCUGUCCGGCGACGUGACCGAGCUCACCUCGUCCUCCAAUCGUCGGAUCGGCAACAACAACAACAAUAACACGCCCAGCGCGACCAACAACAACAACAACAACAACAACCCAGCCUUCAACGCCAACAGCAACGGGGCGAGCAGCGUGGGCAGCACCAACAGCGUGUCCAGCACGUUCGAGAAGAUGAUAGCGGACGACGACUCGAGGUCGCAGGACGGCAGCGAGGUGACCUCGCCUACGAGCGCCGCCAAGAAAUUGACCGCCGCCCCCAACGACGCGGUCAGGGUGAAGGUGGAGAGCGGGCGCAAGAGUCCACCCUGCCCCCCAGGCUCCAAACAGGGCCAACACUCCAUCUCGGUCAGCAAGAAGUCGCCCUCCACCACCUCCUCCUCCUCCUCCUCGUCCUCCUCCUCCUCCUCCUGCUCCUCCUCCUCCUCCUCCAUCUCCUCGUCCAAGGAGCAACUGUGCUCGGUCAACAGCAACGGGGUGCUGCUCGCGAUGCCCGACUCGACCGUCAGCACCCCCCUCCUCCCCGGCCAGAACUCGGCCAGAAGCCUGACCCCCUCCUCCACCCCCGGCACCCCCGUCUCUGUCCAACUGCAGCAGGGCAGCCCCCUGGGCAUCCAGGCCACCCACGCCUACAUGCAACGGCCCAGGAGCUCUCCCUCCUCCUCCUCCUCCUCAGCCGGCCCCCCGCCACCGCCACCCCUCGCGCCAAUGAUGCACGGCUCGACCAACGCGGGCACCAUGUCCCCCCAUCACCAGGGGGCCAGGAACAGCAGCGCGGGCAUCAGCAACCACUUCCAACAACAGCAGCAGCAGCAGCACCAACAGCAGAACGUGUAUCAAUCGGGCACGGCAGCGAUCGACUACAGAAACGGGGCGGGUGUGGUGGUGGGUGGCGGUUCCAACCACCGGCAAACGAUGCCCCCCCAACAGGCCAACUACUGCUCGGGGCGGGAGGGGGCGCUGUAUCAACAGUCGAGGCUGCCCUCGUACCAAGCUGGCGACGUCCACCACCUGUACUCGAGGCAGAGCCACCACCAGCAACAGGCUCUCGCGACGAGCUCCGCGCCCACGACGGCCAGGCUGACCCACCACGUCCGCGGCUCCAACUCGUCGAGGGCCGGCGCAGCCAUGUACCACCAUCCAGCCAGCUCGGCCAGCCACCAAUUCCACCAACAGCAGAGCCACCAUCAACAGCAGCAGCAGCAGCAACAGCAGCAGCAGUACGCAACGGGGGGCGGCGAGUACAACGGCGGCUACAACGGGGCCCAAUCCUCCUACCACUCCUCCUCCUACCACCACGCGAGGAGCGUGCAACAAAGCGGGGCGGCCUAUCCCCCGGCCGGCCAGGCUUAUCCCGCGGCCGACCAGCAGCCGGACCAGGCCUACAUGGCCGGCUACGGCUACCACCACCCCGGCAACGCGCCCCCGACCACCACCGCCUACCCGUCCCCCGACGCCCUGGCCCACCACCACCACCAGCACUACUACAACGACGUCCUCCACCACCACCACCACCACCACCACCACGGCUCCGCGAGCACCGCCACGAGCACGGCCGAGGCCGCGGCCGCCGGCUACGCGGGGCCCAACGUCCACCCCAGCCCGGCCGCCGAGUACGCGAGAGGCGGCAAGUGCUACUACGAGCAGGGCCAGCUGCAGCACCACGCGCACCAGGGCGGCGAGGCGUCCAGCAUCCCCAACAGCUACGUCUCCUCGCCCGACCCCUUCCCGUCCUCGGCGCCCGGCAUGGCCACCACGGCGACCGCCAUCGCCGCCGCCACCGCCGCCGUCAUAACGCCGGGCGCCCAGCCCGACGACUCGUACGCGGCCGCCAACAACUCGUACGGCAACUUUUACGCGGAGCCGGCCUCCAUGCCCCACGCCGCCCCGCCCCCGCCCUCGGCCGACAACAGCAACAGCUCCUCCGACUUCAACUUCCUCACCAACCUGGCCAACGACUUCGCGCCCGAGUACUACCAGCUCAGCUGAGUCCAGGUCGCCGAGGGCCAGGAGGGGCAGCAGUCGUUCGAUUGGAGCGACGAGCAGUGUCUCCUCAACGCGUUGUACUGACGCGGCGGAGCGAUCGGGUCGAUGUCAAAACUGAAUCGUCUCCGUCCGUCAAU